GCGGUCCGGGCGGGAGGCGGCGGCGGCGGGGCGAUGUCGGCCAGCGCCGUCUACGUGCUGGACCUGAAGGGCAAGGUUCUCAUCUGUCGGAAUUACCGUGGAGAUGUGGACAUGUCAGAGGUGGAGCAUUUUAUGCCAAUCCUUAUGGAAAAGGAAGAAGAGGGGACGCUUUCUCCUAUUCUAGCACAUGGAGGAGUUCGGUUUAUGUGGAUUAAACAUAACAACCUAUAUCUUGUUGCAACUUCUAAGAAAAAUGCUUGUGUAUCACUGGUGUUUUCAUUUUUAUAUAAAGUAGUUCAGGUUUUUUCUGAAUAUUUCAAGGAGUUGGAAGAAGAAAGCAUUAGGGAUAAUUUUGUUAUUAUUUAUGAGUUGUUAGAUGAGCUUAUGGAUUUUGGUUAUCCACAAACCACUGAUAGUAAAAUUUUACAAGAGUACAUCACUCAGGAAGGUCACAAACUUGAAACUGGAGCUCCACGUCCACCUGCCACUGUUACGAAUGCUGUUUCAUGGAGAUCAGAAGGGAUAAAAUACAGGAAAAAUGAAGUGUUCCUGGAUGUUAUAGAGUCUGUUAACCUUUUGGUCAGUGCCAACGGAAACGUAUUACGGAGUGAGAUAGUUGGAUCCAUUAAAAUGCGAGUCUUUCUCUCGGGAAUGCCAGAGCUACGCCUUGGUUUAAAUGACAAAGUUCUCUUUGAUAAUACAGGCCGUGAGUAUUUCGGUGGCAAAAGUAAAUCAGUAGAACUGGAAGAUGUAAAGUUUCACCAGUGUGUUCGUCUCUCCCGCUUUGAAAACGACAGGACAAUUUCUUUCAUUCCGCCUGAUGGAGAGUUUGAACUGAUGUCAUAUCGUCUUAAUACCCACGUAAAACCACUGAUCUGGAUUGAGUCUGUGAUUGAAAAACAUUCCCACAGCCGCAUCGAGUACAUGAUCAAGGCAAAAAGUCAGUUUAAGCGUAGAUCAACUGCCAACAAUGUGGAGAUUCACAUUCCAGUUCCAAACGAUGCGGACUCGCCAAAGUUUAAAACCACUGUUGGAAGUGUCAAAUGGGUUCCAGAGAACAGUGAAAUUGUCUGGUCCAUUAAAUCUUUUCCAGGUGGAAAAGAAUACCUGAUGAGAGCUCACUUUGGACUUCCAAGUGUUGAAGCUGAAGAUAAGGAAGGAAAACCUCCCAUUAGUGUAAAGUUUGAGAUUCCAUAUUUCACCACUUCAGGAAUCCAGGUUCGCUACUUAAAGAUAAUUGAGAAGAGCGGCUAUCAGGCUCUCCCAUGGGUUCGUUACAUCACCCAGAACGGAGACUACCAGCUUCGAACACAAUAAAACACCUCGCAAGCACCACAGACGACAAAACUUCAGGCCUAGAAUUUGUUUGCAGAAGGUUCUGUGGUACUGAGAGCUGUGAAUGUUGUUGCCAGGGGUCUUGUUUCUGCAAUCUUGGAUUGGCAGGAGAACGAUUGGAAAAUUAGUGUUUUCAAUAAUGUGUUUGAGCAUUUGAACCAUUAGUAUUGAUUGUGUGAAUAUUUAUUUCAUUCUUAGAACGUGCUGAUCUUGCUGCUAAAUGCUAAUUACAUUAGGAGUAGCAGUUACCUUGAGCCAGGAAUACAGACUGAACCUUGAGAAUGUCUUGUCAAUGCCUUGUCCAUUACAUUCGCAAAGUUUCUAGUAUUCGUAUUUUAGGAUCUGUAAAGACAUUGGCAGCGUUGUGCUACAAAUUAGGGAGACAACUGUGCAAUUAAAUGACUGCUGAACACUUAGUGGUAUUUAGCCCAAGGUAUUUAUUGUUUUCUGGGCAUAUGGGUGCCUUAACUCAUUCAAAGCUCUGUUAACUUAUAAAAAUUUACGGAAUACGAGUUAAAACUAUCUGAAGUCCAAAAAUACUAUUUGCUCUUUUUGCAUGGUUUCAAACCAAUUAAUCUGACAGAACAACUUCAAGUGAAGGGUUUGGAAACAAAAAUAUGGGUUUGUUAAAGACUAAGUUAACUGAGAACAAGAGAUCUCAGAAGUCAAUGUCUAUGGGAACGUCUCUGUGGAAACACGAUGAUUGCUAGUUCGAGUUAGUCGAAAUGCAGACUGAAGAGUUUCGACCCUGUGAUACCCUUAGGGCAUGGAAACCCUAUGCCAAUUGACUAGUAUUUGCCUUUUUUAAAUUUCUGUUCAUAAAACAAGUUCAAAACUGUAAUAUGUAGACAUAAGACCUUAGAUUAAUUA